GGCCAUAAACAGCCCCGGGAAGUAGCCGAGCCCUCUUGGCUGCCGGGGAACAGAUGGAGCCGGGCUCGAAGGUGGCAUCUGGGACGUUAACGGCCAGGGAGAGCUGUCUGAGACCCCGGUGCAGGAAUUUUGCCCGUGGAUCCUGUCGAUGGGGCCAGAGCUGCCGCUUCUUACAUGACAGAAACUCAGCUCAGAUCUGCAGGUACUUCCGGAGUGGGUUUUGCAGCUACGGAGAGCAGUGCAGCUACCAGCACAUCCAGGAGGAGCUGGUGCCAUCCCGCCAUGGCCUGGAUCCCUCCAUGCCCCCCUGCCACUGGGGCCCAGAGCCUGGCACUGUGCCCACGGCCACGGCCCAGGGCUGGGUGGGACCCCAGCGCACCUCGGACUACCCUGCCCCCAGCACGACACGUGUGGCCUUCAAGUUCCCAAACAUGGAGGUUGAGGUGGAACAGAAAGACAAGAAGAACGUCACAGCACCUGAUAACAUCAGUGGAGAAUUUGUCCCCACACAUGCUCAGCGUGCCUCAGGCUCCCAGCUACAAGGGCUGGCACUGGAUGCAGACUCCUCUGACCCCAGAGAGACAGUGGUGGAGAUGGUGACGGGGACUGACCCUGCAGAGGUCUCUAUGGAUCUGGGUGCUGCGGCAGCCCCAGUCCCCACCGAGGCACUGAGAGCCCAGAGUGAGGCCGUGGUGUGUGGCAUCUGCAUGGACAGGGUGUACGAGAAGCCGCUGCCGGAAGAGCGGCUCUUUGGGAUCCUCCCGAACUGCAGCCAUGCGUACUGCGUGGGAUGCAUCCGCAAGUGGCGCCGCAGCCGGGACUUCCAGAGCAGAGUCAUAAAGGCCUGCCCAGAGUGCCGGAUCACUUCCAGUUACUAUAUUCCCCACAAAUACUGGAUCUCGGAUGUGGGUGAGAAGGAGAAGCUCAUCAGAACCUUCAAGGCACGGACAGGGAAAAUCAGAUGUAAAUUCUUUGUUCGAAACCGUGGCCACUGCCCAUUCAGGUCUGACUGCAUCUACCUGCACGAGCUGCCCACCAGCCGGCUGCCACGGCGCAGACAGCAGCGGCUGAGGAUGCCCACUGAGUUCAACCCUUCUUCCUCGGAGAGCUCUGGUGAGGAGGAUGAGGAGCUCUGCAUGCUCGAGUGGGCUCUCACCCUGACUGUGCUGGAGACAGAAUUUCACUACUCAAGUUAUGGCCACGAGAUGCUUCUCAUUGACUUCAGCAAUUCGGACUGAGCCGUGGGGGGUCACACUGGGCCUAGGUGAUGCUGGUGGCAUCUCUGGGAGGGGGAAUCAUCUGCUUUUGACUUCCACCAUUGUUUUGGAGUGGCUCUGGGCAUAGGCAG